GUGGAAAGCGCAAGCUCCCAUAUUUUGGCAUCCACUUGCUGUGGAGGAUUGACGAAGAGAUGGCCGAUGACCUCUGGAGUAUUCGAUUCGACCUCAUCAAGGAAUGGCAGGAGUUCUGCAGAGCUGUGGAGUUGGAACCAGGUGAAGCUUUGUACAUACCGCCAUACUGGUGGCAUCACGUGCAAUCACUCACGGCUGAGACUACGUCCAUGGCCAUGUGGUUCUUUGAACACUUCCCGCUAAGCUCUGGUGUUUGUUAUGGCAUCAGCCCUCGGGCCAACGACUUGAUGCUGAUGAGAGACGUGGAGGAGUUUAUUGGGAAGCACUUCCCAGACGUGCCGGGGGAGGAGGAUUGUACAAAAGCAAGACCUGUGAAGGCGCGCUGA